AUGGAGGUGUGUCGACUGCGUGCCGUGGCCUCUCUGGCAAAACGUCACUGCGAAGGGCUUACUUGUAGUUUAAAAAAUUCCCACCCUCUAUUGUCUUGUGCGCCUGUGAUGGUCGUGGGGCUCAAUAGAAGCGCGCACACGAUGAAGAUCAACGACAAUAUGCAGUACAUAAGUAAUGAUAAAGUCAAGCUCAAACUUGAUCCUAGUAAUAUGAAACUUAACCAGAACAUUGAGAAGCCUUUGUGUAUAAUGAUGAACUACAUGAUGGCUAAGCCGAAGCACGUACAGAAAUAUGCAGAUUUGUAUCUGACACAAGGGAUUGACGUCAUUGCCGUGUCAUGUACGCCGUGGCAAUUGAUGUGGCCCGUCAAAGGAUCCCAGGUGAUAGCAGAUCAACUAUUGAGAUUGCUGGAGGUAAAUAGCUGUGGCUCUACGCACCCGAUGAUGGUGCACGGCUUCUCCGUUGGCGCGUACUUGUGGUCUGAGCUACUGGUGCAAACUACCAAGAAUAAGGAAAGGUACCAACCAGUACUGGAUCGUGUAGCCGCCCAGGUGUUUGACUCAGGUGCUGAUAUACACGAGAUUCCUGUAGGGUUUCCCACUGCCGUGUUCCCAAAAAAUAAGUUCCUACAGGAAACUUUUCGAGCUUACAUAAAAGCACAUAUGAAAGUAUUUUAUAACGUAGCAACAAAACAUUAUAUGAUGGCGACGGGAGUGUUUCACAAAAACCCCUGCAAAGCACCAAGCUUGUUCCUGGUGUCCAAGACAGACUCUAUUGGAGCUGAGAAGAGAAGUAGAGAAAAAGCUGCUUCGUGGGAAACCCUUGGGAUUAAGUGCACCAUCAAGUGUUGGGACAAAUCUCCCCACGUGCAACAUUACAUGCGACAUCCUGAAGAAUACAGAUCUACGUUGUACUCGCAUCUGACCAAGUGUGGCAUCUUGAACAACAAGUCAUAA